AUGUCCACAGAAACACAGGAACCCCCAAAGUAUGAAUGGCUCAUAGUCGCUCCAGACUAUGCAGAUGUUCUCGAAAAGCGCAUGGCAGUCAGACAGUCCCACUUCGAAGGUUUGCAGCCAGGUCUAAAAUCUGGCUUCUGGCAGAUGGGUGGUGCUUUCCUCUCUGACGUACCAAAAGAAGGAGAGCCUCUCAAAAUCAUUGGUUCCGCCAUGGUAGCUCUUGCAGCAACAAAAGAAGAAGUCGUUGAACGAUUGAAGGCUGAUGUCUACAAUGCAAAUGGUGUUUGGGACUUGAGCAAGGUUUGCUAG